GGCAAUGCUGCUGGCUGCUGCUGCCGUUACGGCCCCUGAGGUAACAGCGAUGACCCCUCGUUGCGAAACGGACAACCGCGUUGUGAACCAGGCGGCUCGCAACGGAUCUCUUUGGGCGCUACGAAUGCUCGACUCGUGGGGUCAGCUGCCGGUGCCUGGAUUUCUGGAGGGCAACACGGCGCUGCUGGGGAACUUUGACGAGUGCCUGGACGCCGGCGCCAAGUACUGUCUGGCCACCGUGCAUCUGCCGCAGGCUUCAUUGAGAAAGCUCCUUGACGGCAACGCCCCUAUAGACGACCUCCUGGCUGCGCAGAGGCAGGUGCUGGCGACCACGCCGGGCCACGCUCUGCGCUGGGCGGCAUGCGUGCCCCCGUCCUGUGAGCCAGCAGACGUGGUGGUCCUGCUGCAGAAGCGGGUGGCCAGCCUGCUGCCCGGUGUCCAGGCAGACGCUGUAGCAGUGGACGUGCAGCAAAGCCUCUGCAGUGUCAACGAGACGUCGCCACUGGAGCCUAAGGACUGGGCCUUUCUAGGAGCCAUGGUCCUGGUAGCAGUCAUCCUCAUCGUUUCUACAGUCUGUGACAUCGUCACGUCAAAGAGCAAUCAACUGCAGAAAGGCAUGGUAUGGGAAGCAUUCUCGGUGCGCAGAAACUGGAUAUCUCUCACAGCCAUCAGUAAUUCGGGCUUCUGCAGCGUCCAUGGCCUCAAGUGCCUCACCAUGGCGUGGGUCAUACUCUAUCACGUCUACAAGAUUGACAACGUUACUCCCGCCAUCAACUGGGACACAACUGUUACUUCGACGACUGACGACUGGACGACUGUUCCUCUGAUAAGUGGCGGGAGCCUGGCUGUGGACUCGUUCUUCCUGAUGAGCGGCAUGCUGGUGGGCUUCGGGUUCCUGAGGGAGCGCGCCCACGGCCAGCCCUUCGGCCUCUUCCGUUUCUACCUGCAGCGCUACCUGCGCCUGACGCCCCCCUAUGCCGUAAUGAUUUGGUUCUAUGCCACAUUCUUGCCUCGGCUUGGCAACGGACCCCUUUGGUCUGAGGAGAUGGUGGUCGACAGUGAGCAAUGUACCCGCCACUGGUGGCACAACUUGCUGUAUGUCAACAACUACGAGGUUAGGCCUAACGUGUGCAUGGACCACACGUGGUACCUGGCAGUGGACAUGCAGCUGUUCUGGGCAUCACCGUUGCUGCUAUGGGCACUGUACAAGUGGCGGCGGGCUGGCCGCGUUCUGCUGUUGGGCAUUGUGUUCGCCGCGUCUGCCGCCGCCUUUGCCAUCACCUUCUGCUACAGCCUGCCCUGGGGUGAUAUUCCUGGCCUCCCACACGAGCAGUGGGCGGAGUACGUGUCGCUCAUGUACGUGCCCACAUACUCGAGGAUCGUGCCCUAUGUGACUGGUGUGGGUCUUGGUUGGGUCCUCUUCUACAGCAAAGACAAGAAGUGCGGGAUGAAUGAGGUGGUGGUGAGUGCCUGUUGGGCAGCGUCGACGGCUCUGGCGCUGUUCGCCACGUACGGGCUGCACCUCAGCUACCACAGGCCCUACAGCAGGCUGGAGGCUGCGCUGUUCGCCACCCUGCAGCCGCUCGCCUGGGCCCUGUCCAUCUCGUGGGUCAUCUACGCCUGCGAAAAGGGACGCGCAGGGCCAGUGAAAACUCUUCUGUCGUGGCGAGGUUUCCAGCCACUGGCCAAACUGAGCUACUGCGUCUACUUGGCACAUUCAGUCAUCCUCUUCUACCACUGGGGGAUUACGAGGACACCUAUCACCUUCGGGCGGUACUAUAUUGUCCAGAAAGCACUGGGCGUCUUGCUGAUGGUGUUACCAGUGGCAGCGGUCCUUUCCCUGAGCUUCGAGAUGCCUGUCCUCAAUCUAUCUAAGGCUUUUCUCAAUCCAGGGAGGCAACAGGGAAACUGCUGGCGCUCUCGAACCAAACCAGUAUCAGAUGCAACUGAACAGAAGCUGCCGGCAGACCCGCAAGUGAGAGAUGUCCAUAUGACAGUUGAGAAUUCCAAGGAGCAAUCGGGGUUCAACCCAAACGAAGUCGUGCAUCUUUAGAGGUGGCAGGGGGAGUACAAAAAUUUUCCCUGUUUCUACUGACGACAUCUACAAUUCCCUACAGAAAUGGAUAUUGAGAUACAUGCAUACUUUGCUGGUCCUUAUACUAGCUGCAAACGCAAUGGUCAGAUUUGUACUGUGUGAAACAUAUUGGGAAUGUCUAUGGUAUCAACGUCGUCUGUAA